AGUCCACAUCACCACCCAGGCCUGGUGGAAGGUGACCUUGAGUAUUGUUUUACAUCCCGGGAAGGCGAUCGUUGGAUUAUCAGAAAGCAGUGCAAAAACUCAACGAAGUCUACGGAUCAAAGGUUAAAAUUUGCCUCUGGUUCUACAACCUCGUAGUUUCCACAAAAAUAAACACGGCAAUGUUCUGAACUCGUCGUCCAGCUGCGGUAGAAUUUGACAAUGCCCCAUUAGGCAUUUUAGAAUGAAGAGUUUUUGCAGCUCUGACCUUGUGGAGCAGCCCGUCACUGCCUCUCACCCUUCAUCCUUUCUACACCAUCUGUUGUUCAUUUUACCCCACUCAAAGACUGAGGUGCAGCUCCAGAGACCCACGGAACACACUCAGUCAGUGUUUGUCAGCGCAUGGAUGGUGCGGCAGGUCGCGUCUGACACUUUGAGCUACAGAGGCCUUCUCAACGUUUUCUAAAACUCCAUCAGUUGUGCAGGACAGGACGGGAUGUGCACUCCUGCUGACCAGACAGCCACCCAGAAAGCAGAGGAGGCAGACAAGUUGAUUCGGAAAAGCCACGAGGCCAAGGCCUUUUCAUAUUCUCCAUACAGCAAGUUCCCAGUGGGUGCUGCUCUCCUGACCGAAGAUGGAAGGAUCUUCACGGGCUGUAACAUUGAAAAUGCAAGUCUGACGGUGGGGAUCUGUGCUGAGAGAGUUGCCAUUCACAAGGCUGUGUCAGAAGGCUGCACCAACUUCAAGUCGAUAGCCAUCGCCAGUGACAGGGCAGAUCACUUCAUCACUCCCUGUGGAGCAUGCAGGCAGGUCAUGAGAGAGUUUGGAACAAAGUGGGAGGUCCACAUGACAAAACCAGAUAUGAGCUGCAAGACCAUGACGGUUGAAGAACUGCUGCCCAUGUCCUUUGGACCCAAGGACCUGCAGACCAAAUGAGGAAGCCUGUGCUGAGUGGCCCAGGGCCAUUCUGAUGCAGGAGGAAUUGUUCGGAGCAGGACUACAGCCUGGAUAAUAAGGACCUCACUCUUUUUGUAUAAUUUUAAAUUGCCAUUUCUUACAGAAUUAAAUACAAUGUAUUUGUGAAAUGAAAGUUGUAUGAAGUUCUAGACACAUAAAAGAUGUUGAAUUAAUGUUAUUUCAUUUAAUGUAAUGAAUAGAUUUCACUAAUGACUCAGUCUGAUUUAGAGAACAUUAUGUCAACAGCUGGAGUGAAAUCACUGCACCACACAUGGUGCUUUUAUGGAAACUUUACAUAUAAUCCAUGCCAUGCCGACACUGGGAGGGUCUGAUGGGGGAAGUGUUGAGGCACCUUUAUUCUGUAUUUAACCUGUGCAGUAUGUACACCAGAAGUGCCUGAUGUAGACAGUAUAGGGGGAGCUUCACAUUGUAUUCAAUAUGUGCUGUACCUGCCCUGGGAGUUUAAUGACCGUACAGAGUUCUUCUUACUCUAUCUAAUAAUCUGAACUGGGAAUGUCUGAGGAAAUUUUGUUCUGUAUCCGACCAGUGCUGUACCCACAUUUGAAAUGUCUGAUGGGUUCAUGUGGAGGAAGUGUUACUCUGUGCCUGUUUUCUUCCUGUCCACUUAUUCUAGACUUCACGACCCUUGCUGUUCCUGCCUUGGGAAUGUUUAAUGGAAAAGAGAAGGAACUUUUUCUAACCUGUUUUAUUUUCAUGUGUGGGGAAUAGUGUAGAGGGAGCCUCACUCUGUGUCUUCUGUCUGCACUGGGAGUAUCUGAUGGGGAGAUGUACUAAAUUGUUUUAUGGCAUAAUGUAGUGGGAGCUCUCCUCUUUAUCUAAGCUGUGCUAUACCUGCCCUGGGAGUGUAUCAUCGGGACAGUGUGGAGGGAGCUUUACUCUGUGCCUGGUCUUCCUGUCCAUUCAUCUCCAGACCUCCAGGCUUUGAUCCAAAGAAACUUAAAGCAAACUGAACUCUAGAGCAAGGUGACAGUCACUUUAGUCAAGGCAGCGUCUGACAGAGUGUGGCAUCAAGGAAACUGAAGGGAUGAGAUUCAAGGGGAAUCAGAAUCAGGUUAUUUAUCACUGUCUUGAAAUGUGUUUUUUAAUGGCAGCAGGACAGUGCAAA